AUGCAAACUUUCGUUACAUACAAAUGGAUUCUGUGUUGUGCUCUGUUGGUUCUCGGACUACGCUCCAAUGACGGUCGCGUGGUUCGAUUUGUGAUCGAUGAAGAGCUGGAAAAAGGCAGCAAAAUUGGAAGUCUGUUGGAUCAUGUACCAGGUGCUUUCAACAAUCUGAAUUUUGUGCGACUGAGCAACACAGAUGACGCGUCAAAUUACUUUAAUGUCGAUCAGUACUCCGGCGAUGUGAAUGUUGCAGCCCGUUUGGAUCGGGAACAGUUAUGCACCGUCAAGAACUCUAUAUCGAACGGUGAUGAAGACGUUACCACCUCCCCCGUUCUCACUACUCCCCAAGAGGUUUCAACCGCGGACUUUCGUAGUCCGUGUGAGUUACGUUUCAGCGUCAACUGUCUCAGUGCGAACACUGCUUCCGGGACCGCUCCAGUUGGGGGUAAAGUGAUUGAACUGUUCGAUGUUGUGAUCACUCUCAGGGAUAUCAAUGAUAACGGAUGCAUAUUUGUACCGCAUAAUAGACAAACCGUUCAUCUUGCCGAGGAUUCCCCCAUUGGAAAAACCCGGGUGGUUCUGUACAGUCCGUUCGAUCCGGACGAUGCGAAAAACGGUCACUCGUUAAGUCUAUCCAGUAUCCGAUUCCAUAAUGCGGAGAAAAGCUUUGUACAGAAACACGGCUCUAUUGGAAUCAGUGAAACGGAAUUUCAUCAAAUGUUUCGUGUGCACACUCGUUUUGAUACACCGAAGAAAUAUUCCACGGACGAGGGGAACCGGCUGACCGAAUCGAACAAGGUUCUGAUCGAACUCGAACUGAUUCAAGCACUGGACUAUGAGAAACAAACAAACUACUCGUUCGCGUUGUCCGCGAAUGACGGCUCCGGUCGAAAGGAUCAUCAAUGCACACUGCAAGUGCUUCUGCUUGUGGAGGACUGUAACGAUAACACGCCACGAUUCGAUCAGACACAGUAUACAGCAAACUUGUCCGAGAACACCCCGCUCGGGACAUUGAUUGUUCAACUGAAAGCCACCGAUGCGGAUUCCGGAACGCAUGGAGCGGUUACAUAUUCCAUUGUCGGCUCUUCUGUGGAUGAUACAAACUCACCAUUCUACAUUCACCCAAGUAAAGGGGAACUGAGGUUACAGCAUCGGCUGAAUCAUCGUCAAAAAGCAAAGCAUAAACUGACUAUUCAGGCCAGUAAUACUGCAAACGGUACACAUUCGUCCAAUCGUGUAACCGUACCAAAGCCUGGUCAGACUGCCACGGUGGAAAUUAAUGUGCUGGAUGUGAAUGACCAGGCCCCAAAAAUUCGCCUGUUUUCCCCUACCGGAUCCACUCGGUUAGAAGUUGUGGAGGAGUCCCCACCCGGUCAGGACGUGGCCAUCCUAGACGUGACGGAUCGUGAUGUCGGUCAGAAUGCCGAGGUUGAGUGUCAUUUGGCGAAUCAGUCACUCCCGGGUGCGUUGCGGAUGCACUUUCUCGAUGGACCGGCAGAGUUGGUGGAGAGGGAUUAUACAAAGAAACGAUACAAACUAACCGUAGUUAAGACACUGGAUCGCGAGCGCACAGCCGAAGUUCAUUUCAUUGUGAGAUGUUGGGAUCACGGUAACCCGAGACAGACCACGGAUUCGCCCGGUGUACUGAACGUGGUUGAUAUUAAUGAUCAUGCGCCACAGUUUGAAAAGGACUCCUACUCGAUCUCUGUGUCGGAAGACAGUGACCCAGAUCGAAGCAAAUCUGCAUUUAGACUAAUUCAGGUGCAUGCACGGGACAAGGAUACUGGACUGAAUGCACAAAUUCGAUAUCGAAUUGAUCAUGAAAUUGCUUCCGCUUUGUUGAGUUUAGUCAAAGUGGACGCCGACACCGGAGUGAUUAGUUCUACAGGGAAUUUGGAUCGCGAAACAAUGGAGAGCUUUAGUUUGACAGUCAUGGCCACUGACAUGGGUGAUCCGCCCAGAUCAGCUCGAUGCAAAGUGAACGUGCGUAUAUUGGACUAUAAUGAUAAUGCGCCGACUUUUUCCAAAUCAUUCUAUACGUUCAAGUUGCCGGAGAAUAGUCCGAUUGGACAACUGAUCGGUACUCUCCGAGUGAGUGAUGCAGAUUCUGAACAAAACAGUCGGAUCACAGUGCGACUAGAGGAUGGGUCAGAAAGUAUGGAACUAUUUGCCAACUCGGUGUGGAAUGGAUUGGGUCAAGAACGGGUAGAAUUUUCAUCCGCUAUAAAGCCCAUGUAUCGUGACAUGACAAUGAUAUCGGGUAAAACGGAUCGCCUCGUCAGUAUUCCUCAGAUUCGAGUAGUCUCUUAUCAACCGCAUCAAUCGAAUACCGGUACCGCGAGUAGGAAUGGGAGUGUGUACGAAAUCCAGCUAUACACAAAUUCUAUUUGGGAUCGUGAGGCGCUUUUUGUCAGUCGGUAUAGGAAAACACUGAUGGAAACAGCGAACGAACGCGGCGGAUUUGGUCAGUCGACCACAUCAACCAGAAUAGGGGAUCUCACUCGAAAGGAUGAUCUCUUGAAUCAGACACAGAUGGAUCCGUAUAUGAUAGUGCAUUUACGGGCUGAGGAUCAAGGUAAUCCCCCGUUGAUCAAACGUGUCCCCGUUCGUAUACGUGUUCUGGACGAGAACGAUAACAGUCCCACAUUCCUAUUUCCCGAUAUCAAUGCUGUGAACAUAUCCAAGGUGACCGUUUCGAAGAACGAAGCUCAGAGAUUUGUGUUUGCUCAAUCUUACCUGCUUUCCAGUCCUCACGAGGUUCCCAUCAUCUUACCCGAUGGGAUUGCGCGGAACGAUGAGAAAACGUGUGCUUCUGUGGCGUAA